AAAUUGCCUCUUUUGCAAGAUGGUGCACAGCCUUGGAUCACUAAACUAGAAGAAGUUUUGACGGGCACACAGCCAGCUCYAGGAGAUGUGAAACGUUUGCUUGCUACUCUCCUGGGAGUUCCUGUGAUGGAGGAACUGUGGCAGAAAGCAGGCUUACAGAGACAGAGUUGUACAACUGUCUAUGAUGCAGAUCUUUUCCUUGCUUACAGAGCUAGGAUUUGGGGAGCUUUGAGAGCGAUGUUCCCAACUAAUAUCCAUCCAGACAAUAUUUUUAUUGAUCCCCUGGGAGACAAAGAAAAUCCUAGGGCAUAUGUGACCAGAGCACAUAUGACUUGGAGGAGUGURACAGGUAAUGACCCAGAUGUAAACAGACUGGAACAGUCCAUACUUAGAACAAAAAUACAAGAGGGUCUGCCUUUACCUGUUAGAAAAAAGUUGGAGGAAGUAUUUGGACUAUGUAGUAUGAAUAGAGCCGUCUACACUGAUCAUGUGGCACACCAAGUCGAUUUGCAUAGAAGAAAGGAGAUGGAGCAGCAAAAGCUAGAACAGGAGACGAUCCGAAAACUCACACAAAUGCACCUGAUGGAGGGAAAGAAAAAAGACAAGAUGCAAGCUGUUGUCCAACAAAGUCCUCAACCUCAGACUCAACAACCCUUAUGGCCGAUGAUGKGCUCACCAGUGCUACAGCAAAUGGAGGGAUAUCCUCCUUGGGGACCACCAAAGUUCCAGACCAACAGAGGGGGUGGAAAGUAUAACCAAAGACCCCCCCAGUUUAUAAGGCCAUGCUAUGGUUGUGGGCAACAUGGACAUUUGUGGAGGAGUUGCCCAAGUACCGUCUAUUCGUACAAUAAUCAGGGUUUUGGAGGUAAUGUUGAAGGACAAGCAGUGCCGGCGCAGGGUACAGUUAAUCCUAACCGGGGCCCUGAACAAAGUUUCUAGGUUGUUGUAGGUGUCCAUCUCAGUUGGGGGUAGGUUAGCAUGUGCUGUUAUUUGUCAAUCAACAAAUACUGCUAUGACUUGGUUGGAAUGUAGAUGUUAG